UGUUUAGAAAUACCAGUAUCUUACAUUCUCAAGCAGUCUAUAAAAGAGUGAAGAUUUUAUAAAUGCGAACCAGAGAUCAUCACUAAAUUAAUUUAUGCGAGUAUUCAUUUCAAUUAUCAAUCACUUAUCUUUUUUCUGUUCCUAUUUCCCUCUCGGUGUUUACAGCAAGAGAGUUGUUCACAAAACCUUCCCCAAUUUAUAAUCUCUAAGUCAGUAUAUACGUAAACAACAACAUGGACUCCAAUGUCGGUUUAGCGCUGUUCGUUAUGACAACGAUUCUACUAAUUCAACAGUUUCCCCUUACAAGUGCUCAAUCAAUCGGUGUGAAUCUUGGCUUAACUGGAGACAACCUUCCUUCCCCAAAAGAAAUUGUGGAACUCUACGAGAAAUAUCAUAUCAAAUUCAUCAGAAUCUUUGAGCCAAGGCAUGACAUUCUUGAAGCCCUUCGAGGUAAACCUUUGGUGCUUGUCAUUGGCACAAAAGAUGAAGACGUACAAACCAUAGCACAGGACCAAAACGCAGCCAACACAUGGGUCCAAACCAAUGUCAUUCCAUACAUAAAGGACGUUAAUUUUCGGUACAUAAUCAUAGGUAACGAGGUGACACCAGGGCCUAUAGCAGCCUACGUUGCAAAGGGUAUUCAAAAUAUGAUCAAUGCACUCACCAAUGCUGGCAUACACAAAGACAUUAAGGUAUCUGCAGUUCUUAAAGGUACUGUCUUAGCAUCUUCUUAUCCACCUUCAGCUGGAACAUUCACCAAUGAAACAACCAACAUUAUCAAACAGAUUGCAACAAUUUUGUUGCAACAUGGUUCACCCAUGAUGAUCAACUCGUACCCUUACCUUGCAUAUUCCUCUGACCCACAACAUGUUUCUCUUGACUAUGCACUCUUUAAGUCAACAAGCCCUGUGGUCACUGAUGGGAGUUACAAGUACUACAAUCUGUUUGAUGCCAUGCUUGAUGCUUAUCAUGCUGCUUUUGAGAAGAUUGGUGUGUCGAACCUAACACUUGUUGUGUCUGAAACUGGUUGGCCUAGUGCGGGUUAUGAGCCUUACACAAGCAAAUUGAAUUCUCAAGCUUACAACAAAAACUUGGUGCAGCAUGUGAGAGGAGGAAAAGGGACACCAAGGAGGCCAGACCAGAGUUUGAAUGUGUUCAUUUUUGAAAUGUUCAAUGAAGAUCUUAAGCAAGCUGGAAUUGAGCACAACUUUGGAGUCUUCUAUCCCAAUAAGAAACCAGUGUAUCCGUUGUUUUAAUUUGGGUUCAAUGCAUUAUGUCAUGCUGAUUUGUUAGUCAUGUCCAACCUUUUAUCUAAAUUUAUAUAAUGAAAUAUAUUAUAUCUUAAUUUA